AAGAUUUUAGUCGUAAAUUUAUCAUCAUUUUUAAAUUUUGAAGUACAAAGUACCUGGUAAAGGUUGAGGAUGCAUCAAUUAAUUAACUAAUUAAUUUUUUAUUGAAUGUAAAUGCCAUAUUAUAAGCGAGAAUGAAACAUAACUAAUUAUAAAAUAUCAUUACAAUUCUUAAUAAGAUGAUUAUCAACAUCAGUGAAAGGAGGAAUUACAAGAUGAUUAGCCGAAGAAGUGUGGAUCGUAACCGUUGGAAGAAGUUGCAAGGAUGGAAUAAGCAAUAAUAUGGCCAAUGGAUCCCCAGGAGAGAACAUCCACGAUGUUGAACCCCACCGGAUCGUUCGAUUUCAGCAGACUCAGAUACUCCUUCGCCCGCGUAUCUCCUGCCUCGAAGUGCGACACCCCGUUCUGCUCCGGCAGCCCCUGCUUCGCCACGUUCUCCCUCUGAAAGUCGAAGAACACGAACCUCCCCAUGAACAGCGACAGUCCUGUGCUCAGGCUGAUCACCACCUGCGGAUUCAGCUCCGCCUUGACGUUGCUGCGCAGCCGCCUCUUCUCUCUCCUGGAGUUGAAGUUGAUGAUAGAUCUGGAUGAGGAGAUAUCAGCGAUGGACUUGAUCCUCUCGCCGCUUCGGAAGAUCGGCGUAGAUAGCAAAGCAGUGGAUGCUGCCGCCAUAGGAAUUGAUAUUUUGAAGCUUCUGUUUUGAGUAUGGAGUGGAAUUUGCAACACAGAGAGGAUAAAAUGAAGUCUGAAUCCUGAGGACAGGAUUGAGAGAAGGGAUCUUGAUUUGGGAUAAGCCAG